AUGAUUGAUACAACAACAUCUAUGAAAAAGAAAACUCCUCAUUUAAUUCGAAAAUGGUCUGAUGUUAUAUGGCUUUUGAUUGAAGUGAAUUUAUUUGGUAGUACAAUAUUUGGAUUUCCAGCUUUAUUUCAAAUUUUACCUCAAUAUAGCGUUUAUGGUGAUAAAAAUGAUUGUUCAUCAUCAUCAGACACAACAGAAAGUGGAGAAUUGUCUUGUGAAAGAUAUCAAACACGACAUUAUCAAAAUGCAUUAACACUAGGUAUUAUUUUAUUUGAAAUUUCAUCAUUAGUUAUCGGUCCAUUAAUCGAUCGAUUUGGAUGUCGAUUUCAAGCAUUAGCAUUAAUUGCACCUGGACGAGAUUCACUGUUAUAUGUUCAUAGAGCCUUCUCGUCCUUGACUGGUAUUAUGAUAUUAUUAACAUCUUAUUCAUCAAGUGGUUAUUUUACAAAAUCAAGAGCAUUUGUAUCGACCUUGUUCGCUGGAGCAUGUACAUCAGCUACAAUGUGGUAUUCAAUAUUUCAAGUUUUAAUUGAUGCAAGGAAGAUCUUAUUACAACAACUGUCUUACAUAUGGUUAUCAUUUAGUAUAUUAUUGUUAAUCAGUUCAUUUCUAUAUCUUGAUUGGAGAUUCUCUAUUUUAAGUUUACCUUAUCAAUUUGAUACGAAAUUAGAAGAGAAAAAUGUGUCUUCAAUUAGUGAAAUAGAUAAAAUGAAAUGGUAUACACAAAUUUUAAAACGAAAAUGUGUUUGGUAUUAUUUAACAAGUCCAUUGUAUAUAUUGGUGGUAUUAUUUUUAAGCAUUCUAUUACCACCAGGAAUAUUUCUUUCUGUGACAUGGUAUCCAUGGGUGUAUUAUGUCACAAAAUAA